AUGGAAUCUACGACAGAAAUCGUAUCUACAACUGUCGACCAUCCGAUUGAGGUGAAAUCUGAGGGUGUUGUUGAGCCUAAUGCUACUGCAACAAUCACGACAAGUAGCAUAACCAUUGAGACGAAAAAUCAGAAUACUGAGGAUAAUAAGAAUAUUGAAGAGCAUGUUACCAGCGUGAUUAAACAAACUAUUGUCAUCAAUCCUGAACCAGUUGCUUCAGCAAUCAAUAAUGCUGCAGAAUCCCUUCCACAAACAAUGAAUGAAUCAAAUUUAACCAAUGGUGAUGACCAGUCGUUUGAAGUUAUCAAAGAGACGGUGGUCACUGUUGUGAAAGAUGAGAUACGUAAAGUUGUAACAGAGGAAACGAGGCAAGAGACUGAAGCCUUACCACCAACACAAUCUCCGAUUAUAGAAAUAUUAGAAGAACCUGAAGAGGCAAGUCGUCCGAAUGUAGACGACACAGCUAAAGAAGAGCCUACGGUGACAUCAACUGAUGCUGAAGUCAUAGAACCUGUGCUGACAGAAACUGUUGUCAAACGAAAUACCAAGGAUAAAACUGAGGCGGAAAGUACUGAGCAAGAUCUGUCUGAUCCUAAAUAUCCACAAAGACCACCUCCACCAAAGUUAUCAGAGCCAGGCAAGAGAACACAAACUCUGUCAACUUCACCAUCAAAUGAUGUAAUCACAAAUGGAUACAAGCGUCCAUCAUUGAAAUCAAAUUUAAAACAUGCAUUCAGUAAUUUACGCAAAAGUUUUAAACGUAAAGAUCAAACACCGAAUCCAAAUGAUUUUCAGAAAUCAACACAUAGAAAUAAUUAUCAACAUCGUAAUAAUACUAAUGUGGACAAUGAUUAUCGUCAUGGUGACGUGUAUAAAACGUCGGAUGAAUUACAAGAAUCUUUAUCCAAUGUUCAAUCUCUUGAUCCAUCUAUCAACGAUUCACCAGAAUUUAAACGUCAUUCAGAUAACAACAAUUAUCAAAGAGAUCAGAACGAAUUAGAAGCUGUCAAUUCUCUUGGCAAUAUAGCUCCACCAGCGAUACCGACAAAAAUGUCCGCCGAUCCAAGCAAUCCAAUCUAUGUGAAUCAUUCACUCCAAUCAUCGGUUAUCGAUAAAAAGGCUAAUGAUCCCACAGAUUAUCCAGGUAGACUUCGUGAAAGAAUUCACGUCUAUCGACCAGUAUCAGCCUCAGGUGGUGUUAUGGCAGGAACACUACAAUAUGAUGAAUAUAGUCGCAACGGGACACUGAAACCACGUAGACCCAAACCGAUAGCCGAACACUACAAAUGCAGUGAAGUUUAUAAUUGGCCACCGAAAUUCCCCAAGUUGAAAAGACGUAAAACCCAUCCACCGAAACAAAUUCAUACAGGACAAGAUCAUGUGGUGAUAAAAUCUCAGAGUAGACAACCUGUGAACUAUCAAGCAACUACUGUAACAAAUCAAACUCGACCAUCUGAACCCAUACAGUAUAUUAAGGUCAGUCCACAAAGUCAAACUAUGGGUAACAAUAAACGUGAUUCAAGUUAUUCACCAGAAAGACAAGUGACUAGUCUUCAUUCAUUACAAAGAUCAACUUUAUUAGAAAAAUCGAAUCGAACAGUUGAACCAGGCUCAAGAGAUCAGCUAUUCAUAGCAGAUUACAAACAUAUGCCAAGUGAUCAAAUGAGUUCGGACAAAUCGAAUCAUUUAGCUCUGCCUUACUUCACUAGAAUUGCAGAGAACAAACGUUUGGGAAAGUUUAAUUUUAACUACAAUAAUAAUGCAAUUACUGCAGCUAGUACUCAAAGUAAUAAUAACAAUAACAUUGUUGUCUCAGCAGAUAUUAUACAGUCGGAAUCACCAAAAGCUUUGAGUACACUAAAAGACACGCUGAAAUCAAUGCAUCCAUUUUUACAAGAUUGGAUAGAUAAAAAUGAUAAAGUCAACGGCGCAUCUCACAAUGAUGAACAAAAGAAAUCGGAGAAACUGCUGAUUAACUGUUUAUCCGAAUAUUUAUACACAUGUAUGAAAUUGCGUUCAUUAGAUCUACAAGGAGAAUAUGCUGCUUUCAUAUUUCCAUUGAAACAUUUCAAUGAAAAAGCAUGGAAUAAUUAUGGUGCUAUUGAAGGUUGGGAAGAUUUAUCGAUUGUUUGUGCACCAAAUACUAAUAAUGAAUAUGUUGUAUUAAAAGGAUCAAAUAAUCUUUCAAAUAAGCUGAAAUAUACUCGAAAAACAAUAGACAAACUGCUCACCAAUUGGUUAGACAACCAAACCACUAAAUCACCAAUUCCAGCUACAAAUGGCGGUCACAAGACGAACACACUCGAUCAGAAAGCCAAGGCAUCAUCACCUGACGAAAAGAUACUUCACUCGAUAUUUACGGCAACAACCCUAAAAAGCGUAUUAAGCCUGGACGACAAGGAGAAACAACCAGACAUUAACAUACAAAUACUCGUGAACUGCAUAAAGCUAGGCGUCCUUCUGAGUCUAAGUGAAUGCUUGCACAUCACUGCACAAUCACCGCAUGACAUCAACACAUCAGUAGAAUUUGAUUUGAAACCAGAAAAUAUACUACUCAUCCUUUCAGCAUCCAACUGUUUAACAAUAUUCAAACCGUAUGCUAAACUCCAUCAUCCCGCUGAUCACCAGACUGCUUCUUCGUCUCCUUCGUCACAUCAAGACGAAGCGAAGUCGGAGACGCAUGAAAAAGACUCCUCAAAGGAUGGUAGUCAGAAUAACAACACCCUGAAAUCACUUUUCACCAAUCUUCAUAUCAACCAUGGUGAAUCAAUCAAUGAAGUGAUCAAUGAAACAAUGAAGCAACUUCAUGAACUUGCAAAGCAUGAAUUCCAGGCAUCACCAGAAGUAACCACAUCUCUACUGAAGGCCAUAGCACCGCCUGAUUGGAUUGCAAUGACUCUGGCAAGAAUAUGUUUAUACAAUCAACAGACAACCAGCUAG